AUGGUAGUGACAAGCUCUGCCCGAGGCGGCGGCGGGGACCGCGAGCCCUCCAGGCGGCGGGGCUGCGGACUUUCGGCGCCUGGGGCCGCGGCGCUGCUGGCCGGGGCGAGCUGCCUGUGCUACGGCCGCUCCCUGCAGGGCGAGUUCGUGCACGACGACGUGUGGGCGAUCGUCAACAACCCCGACGUGCGGCCCGGCGCCCCGCUGCGCUGGGGCAUCUUUUCCAACGACUUCUGGGGCAAAGGCAUGGCCGAGAACACCAGCCACAAGUCCUACCGGCCGCUCUGCGUCCUCACCUUCAAGCUAAACAUCUUUUUGACUGGCAUGAACCCAUUCUACUUUCAUGCAGUAAAUAUCAUUUUACACUGCCUAGUGACCCUUGUGCUGAUGUACACCUGUGACAAAACUGUCUUCAAGAAUCGUGGACUUGCUUUCGUUACGGCAUUGCUUUUUGCUGUGCAUCCUGUUCACACAGAGGCGGUGGCCGGAAUUGUUGGCAGAGCUGACGUGUUGGCAUGCUUGCUGUUUCUGUUAGCCUUUCUCUCCUACAGUAGGAGUGUGGACCAGUGUUGUGUUGGGGAAUGUUUCCCUCCCACAGCUUCUCCCUUCUUCCUGCUACUCAGUCUGUUUCUGGGGACCUGCGCGAUGCUGGUGAAAGAGACAGGCAUCACGGUGUUCGGCGUGUGCUUGGUCUAUGAUCUCUUUUCUUUAUCCCACAAUCAUGAUAAAUCGAGCAAUGGGGUCGUCCAUCAGCGCAGCCCACAGCGGCCCGGGAGCUCCCUGCCCAUCGCACCGCCAGCGCACCCUCUCCGGGAGAACGGGAAGCAGCAGCGGUUCCCUCACAAAGGAGCUUGGGGUGGCUGCCAUACUCCACUGCCACCUGAACCCAAGAGCAGUGGAUUCCCUGUGUCUCCUCGAGCUGUGUGGUCCUUGAUGAGGUAUCUGACAGCAAGCCGCAAUAGAAAUUUCUUGCUUACCAUGAGGCCAUUCUUAAAAAGGGCCAUUUUGGUCAUAAGUUAUGUGAUUGUUGUUCUGUACUUCCGUCUGUGGAUAAUGGGAGGAUCUAUGCCCCUCUUUUCAGAGCAGGAUAAUCCAGCUUCAUUUUCACCUUACAUUCUUACAAGAUUCCUUACCUAUUCCUACCUCUUGGCCUUCAACGUGUGGCUUCUGCUUGCACCUGUUACCCUGUGCUAUGACUGGCAGGUGGGCAGUAUUCCUCUGGUAGAGACCAUAUGGGACACGCGGAACUUAGCCACCAUCCUUCUGGCAGUUGUGAUGGCCUUACUGAGCCUUCAUUGUUUAGCAGCCGUCAAGAGACUGGAGCACAGGGAAGUUUUGGUGGGCUUGUUGUUCCUGGUUUUCCCGUUCAUCCCAGCCAGCAACCUCUUCUUCAGGGUGGGUUUCGUGGUGGCCGAGAGAGUGCUAUACAUGCCUAGCAUGGGCUACUGCAUCCUUUUCGUGCAUGGAAUGAGCAAGCUGUGCACGUGGCUGAAUCGCUGUGGGGCUGCCACCCUGAGCGUGUCCACUGUGCUUCUGCUGCUGCUUUUCUCAUGGAAAACCAUGAAACAGAACGAAAUUUGGCUGUCGAGAGAGUCUCUAUUCAGGUCUGGAGUUCAGACUCUGCCCCACAAUGCCAAGGUUCACUACAACUACGCCAAUUUCCUGAAGGACCAGGGUCGGAACAGGGAAGCCAUCUACCACUACAGAACGGCCCUCAAGUUGUAUCCGCGCCAUGCAAGUGCCCUGAACAACCUUGGAACACUGACCAGAGACACAGCAGAGGCAAAGAUGUACUAUCAGAGGGCUCUCCAGCUAAAUCCACAACACAACCGGGCUCUUUUCAAUCUUGGGAAUCUCCUUAGGUCUCAGGAGAAACAGGAAGAGGCUAUCAUCUUACUGAAAGAUUCCAUUAAAUAUGGUCCCGAGUUUGCAGAUGCAUAUUCAAGCUUAGCUUCAUUACUGGCUGAUCAGGAGAGGUUUAAGGAAGCUGAGGAAAUAUACCAGGCUGGAAUAAAGAACUGCCCAGAUAGCUCAGACUUAUACAACAACUAUGGAGUUUUCCUAGUUGAUACUGGCUCUCCAGAGAAGGCAGUGGCCCAUUACCAACAGGCCAUCAGACUUAGCCCGAGCCAUCAUGUAGCCAUGGUGAACCUGGGGAGACUCUACAGGUCACUGGGAGACAACAGCGUGGCUGAAGAAUGGUACAAACGCGCCUUGCAGGUGACACGCAAAGCUGAGAUAUUAUCACCGUUGGGAGCUCUAUAUUACAACACUGGCAGAUAUGAAGAGGCUUUGCAGAUUUACCGGGAAGCUGCGUCCCUUCAGCCUUCCCAAAGGGAACUUCGCCUGGCACUGGCUCAGGUUUUGGCCGUGAUGGGUCAGACAAAAGAAGCUGAAAAGAUGACCAAUCACAUUGUGUCAGAGGAGGCUGGGUGCCUUGAAUGCUAUCGCCUGUUGUCUGCUAUCCACAGCAAGCAGGAGCAGCACGACAAGGCACUUGAUGCUAUAGAUAAGGCUCUGAAGCUGAAACCAAAGGACCCAAAAGUUGUAUCUGAACUUUUUUUCACAAAAGGAAAUCAACUAAGAGAGCAGAACCUUCUUGACAAAGCUUUUGAGAGCUAUAAAGUGGCCGUGGAAUUAAAUCCAGAUCAAGCACAGGCCUGGAUGAACAUGGGUGGAAUCCAGCACAUCAAGGGAAACUACGUGUCUGCAAGAGCUUAUUAUGAGAGAGCCUUACAGCUGGUUCCAGACAGCAAACUGCUGCAGGAAAAUCUUGCCAAAUUGGAUCGUCUAGAAAAAAGAUUACAAGAAGUUCGAGAAAAGGAUCAAAUGUAGCAGCAUUUGACCAAGUCUCCAAGGGGACAGUACUGGUGCCUUUGGAAGAGGAAGAACUGACAGACGGAAGCCUUGCUUACACAUCAGUUGGGGCACAACCGAUGAAGUUUUCCUCUUACUCGAGUUCAGGGUGGCACAUUUUGGGACACUUGCUGGUAACCCUGUGCUGGGGACUUGCAUUUCCAUGAAAGAAGACAAAAAGAGCAAGCAAGCAAGGGCUAGAAGGCCUGAAGGAAGGAAAACAGCAACUACACAUUUGACAGAUGUUUGUUUGCUUUAAUUCCAGAUUUCCUUUCAUAUAUUUGUCUGCUUUUCCAACAUGGAAAUCUAAUUCCAUUUCUUAGUGUAGAUACUUGUGUCUCCGAAAUAGAGGCUUGAAAUGUUAUGAAUGCAUGGCAUCUCUUCUUUAGGAGGGGAGAUAUUUCAGAGAGGGUAAAUCCUCUGGGAUAAACCAUUUGAGAAAUUCUACCAAGAGGUAGCUCAUUUAAUUCUCCAGAACUAGAAAUGAGUAUCUUAACAGUUUUUGUAAAACCUUCUGGAAUAUAUGGGGAAAGGGGCUAUUGUAAGAUAAAGCUAAGUAAGGUUUGUCUAAUAUCCUUCUGAGGAUAGUGCUAGAGCCCUAUUGAGAAGUAAAUUAAAUUCCACUCUGAUACAAGCUGUUUUCCCAUUGCCUAAUAUGUCAAAAAGGAAGCUUCUGGAAUUGUGUAUGAGUAUUCUUAUUCCUAGGGAAAAAUCAAGAGUCUUGCUACCCCUGACUCUUCAUGGAAAUGUUUUAAAUUAAUUUUAUUACAAGUAUUACUAGAGUAGUGGUUCUGCUCUAAGAUUUCAUAAGUGCUUUUAAAACUCGUAAAUGUUUCUGCCUCCAAAUAUAUUGUUAUUUUGGUGGAGAAAAAAUAGUAUAUUCUACAUGAGAAAUAUUAAAGAUAUUAAUUGAGAGAAAUGUUCUACUUUAUUAUCUUAACAUUCAGACGUUCUGAGAUUAUUUUUUGAAAAUAUAUUUAACCACUGAGGAAUCUUUAUGGUAGAUUACAGAAAUCUUCAUAGACUCUAAAUAGAUGGACAGCUCUAUUGAUUUGUCUUCCUAGGCUUAAUGAGAAUUCUGUGCUUAGAACAUGAAUGAUAGGACCUGCACUUCCUGGUUCUGUAUUUGUAAUUUUGGAGAUUUCAUGGAGAAUGCUCAAAAAAUCUAGGAAAAAAAGUCUAAAUUCAUAACUUUAAAAUAUAUAUUUAUAGUUAAAAGAUAGGGAUGGCAAAGUUGAAUUUACAAUUUGACAUUUGUCU